AGGAUCCAAGGAUGGGGUAAAUGAUUGUUGAUAAUGUAGGGGCCAUUCUAAGGACAGAGGUACUUGGUUGGAUAAGGUUCGUGACUUAAAAAGAAGAAAAUAAAAAGUGAAGAAAUUGGAAAGAGGGAGAAGAGGAAAGACUCAUGUUAACUCUCUCCAAAACUUGAAAUAAAGGCCAAAGAAGAAAAAUGGAGAACAAACAGAAGAAAGAGUCUGGAAUAUAGGAAAAGGAGAAAAAGAUCCGAAAGGAGAAAAAAUAACGAAAAAACUAGAAGACUGGAACAGGAAGAAAGAGGAGAAACAAGGGAAGAGAAAAUUUAGAAGAAAGCAUUAACAGGAAGAGGUACCAUGAGAGGGGCCUUUCCCUCUCCGUGUGAAGAAGAGACCAAAUAUGGAGAAGGAUUUCUCUCCUUCUUCCGCUCAAAGAUGAAAAUGGUAGAGUCUUUCUAUCAUUAUUCCCUAUACCUUUCCAUUUCCUUUUUUCCUUAUAAAAUAUUUAAUUUUUAAUGAUUAAAACGCAUUUAUCUUAACCAGAUAUUUGUAUCACUUAAACAGAUCUCAAACCGUUGACAGAUAUGAACAUCCUUAAAGAGUAAACAGAUUUCAAAAUAAAAUUUCAACUACUUAUAAUUAUAUGAAUAGUAUAAUCAUUAAUUCAUUAAAUGAAAUUGAAUUGAAUUAAUUAUAAUUACGUAACUAAUUAUAAAUAAUUUACAAAAGGGUUAAAUAUGAUGUUAGUCCCUAUAUUAUCAAGCGGUUUUGGUUUUAGUCCCUACUUCGAAAUAAGGUACAUUUUAGUGUUUCUCCUUAAGGAAACUUUGAUUUUAGUCCUUCAAAACUAACACCUAUAUGACUAAUGGUAGACUGUCACGAUUUGUUUUUUCUUAUACUGAGUCAGUGUUUCUCACCUUUUCUCCCUCUUUCUCCCUCAUCUCUUCCUUCCAUCUUCCACUCAACCUCCCCACCCUCUCUCAACCCAACCUUCCCACCCAGCAUCCCUAUUCUGUUCCUCAACUCACAACGAAUGGUGGUGGGAUCGGAUGCUCCGUUGGAUUACCAUGUAGCUCCAAGGAACGACAACCCAACUCUCGCAAGUGGAUCCACGACACAAAUUCCGGCGACGGUAGGGAGUGCUCCUUCAGUAAAACCGCCGCACACGGCAGCAAUGAAAGUGUCGCCAGUGAUGAAGCUAGCUAAAAAGAAGAGAGGGUGCCCGAGAAAGUACACAUCGGAUGGGUCGGUGACCAUGACGUUGUCUCCGAAGCCGAUAUCUUCCUUCACUCCAUUGUCACCGAUGAUCGAGUUGUGUGAGGAAAGCGAAAUUUGAGUUGGAGAAUUUAGGUAAUAAACAAAUCUUUUUGGUUUGAGUUUAUUUUUAAAGGAAAAAAAGUAAUUUGAGUUGAAGUGGUAGUAUAUUUUGUUGUACGUUGGAUUUUGCUAUACCUCUUAAAUAAUAGAGCAAUGUCAUCUGGAAACUAUACUGAUUACCAAACACCAGAAACUAUACUGAUUACCAAAAAUUAAGGUAAUAAUGUCAUGGUUUGGUAAAUAGAUUAUAUAUUUUGGAGGAAGCUUGCUGUGUGUUUUUUGUGGUAUCUUGAUGAACAAUUAGAUGUAUGUAGGAAAACAUUCCUUUCCAUUGUUUGGAUUAAUAUCAGAAUGGUUUGCAUUCUUUUGUAAUUUUUUUUCUUCUUCUUGUGUAUUUCUCUGAUUGAGGGAAGGUUAGGUAGAAGAUGGAAGGAAGAGACGAGGGAGAGAGGGGGAGAAAAGGUGAAAAACACUGACUAAAUAAUGAGACUGAAGGAGAUGCAGAAGCAACUGACCCGACUGACCGUGGUGUUACUGAUGGCUUUAGAAGCCACCAGCCAAGCCCUGCCCGGCUGCCCGCACUCACUGCCCGGCUGCCCGUGCUCAUGCGGAAAUGUUUCACCGAUUCCGUAUCCGUUCGGCAUCGGCAAUUCAAAGCUCACCGGUAAAAACUGUUUUCUGGAGGAAGCAUUGAAUCUCACAUGCACAAACUCUACCUUAUAUCGCGGUAAAGGUAACGUCCAAAUUCUGAACAUAAGCCUCGCCGGUAAAAUGGACGUGCUCAUGCAAAUCUCCGAGGUCUGCAAAAACGAAUCGUUAGGUAGAGAAGAAACAUACGGCUACUAUAUCAGUCUCACAACACCGGCUUUUGCCAUUUCUAGUGAGGACAACAAGUUCGUGACCGUAGGCUGCGAUACCUACGGCUAUCUCAACACUUUCCGGAACGGCACACAAUCUUCAACGGGGUGCUUGACCAGAUGCGACAGCUUACAGAGCGUUGAAAGCAUGCAGAGAUAUGGAAACUGCACAGGCAUAGGGUGUUGCCAGGUCGACAUUCCUCCUCGGAUGAAGAACAUCUCUUUUGAAGCUUCCUCCUUCCACAAUUUCAAUUCCACUUCCGAUUUUAACAAGUGUGGCUACUCCUUCGUCGUCAAAAACGGCAACUACCUUUUCUCCGUCGAUCAUUUAAGGCGCGUCCCGUUCAAUAUGACACCUCUUGUCAUGGAUUGGAGCGUCGGAAACGACACGUGCGAAGCUUCCAAGGGCAGACCAGGUUAUGCAUGCAAGAGUCCUGAUAGCGAGUGUGAGAAAUCCCCGUCUGAAUAUGGUUACCGAUGCAAAUGUAAAAAAGGCUUUCAGGGAAACGCUUACCUUCCCCAUGGUUGCCAAGACAUUCUUGAGUGUAGUAGUAACAAACACAAUUGCGAUAGUGAAGAUCAUUGUCGUGAAACUCCGGGCUCUUUUGAAUGUUUCUGUCCUGACGGACUUAUCGGAAAUGGGAAAAAAGAAAGCGGAGGAUGCCACCGAAGGCAGCCGGCCGAUGCUUUUAAGAAGAUCGUCAUCGGCGCAGGUGUAGGAUUAAUUGCUCUGUUCCUAGGGAUUUCUUGGUUGUACUUAAUGUACCAGAAAAGGAAAGACAUAAAAUUAAAGCAGAAGUUUUUUCAGCAGAACGGAGGCAUCAUUCUGAGACAACAACUCUCUACAGAAGAAGACUCAUCUCAGACCACUACAAUUUUCAGUGCAGAACAACUUAAGAAAGCCACCAACAAUUUUGAUGAGAGCUUAAUCAUAGGUAAAGGAGGUUAUGGUACAGUUUUCAAAGGAUUUCUCUCCAACAACAAAGUUGUAGCUAUCAAAAAGUCCAAGAUAGUGGAUCAGAACCAGGUGGAACAAUUCAUCAAUGAGGUCAUUAUACUGUCACAAAUUAAUCACAGGAAUGUGGUCAAACUCUUGGGAUGUUGUCUGGAGACAGAAGUUCCUUUAUUAGUCUAUGAAUUUGUUAACAAUGGCACCCUUUAUGAUUAUUUGCAUAACCAAGGUCAGGGAGUAAAUGUGUCAUGGAAAACACGUCUAAGGAUAGCUACAGAAGCAGCUGCAGCUCUAUCAUAUUUGCACUCAGAAGCUUGCAUACCCAUCAUCCACAGAGAUGUGAAGACUGCUAACAUACUCUUAGAUGACACUUACACUGCAAAAGUUUCUGACUUUGGAGCUUCAAGAUUGGUUCCAAUUGACCAUACUGAGAUAACCACAAUUGUGCAAGGGACCUUGGGGUAUUUAGACCCAGAGUACAUGCAAUCAAGCCAAUUGACAGAAAAGAGUGAUGUCUAUAGUUUUGGGGUAGUGCUUGUAGAACUGCUUACAGGGGAGAAAGCUUUUUCUUUUUCCAGGGCAGAAGAGCAACGAAGUCUUACAGUUCACUUUCUAUGUAGCUUGAAAGAGGAUCGUCUGUUUGAUGUUAUUCAGGUGGGACUUUUGGAUGAAGAAAACCAGCAGGAGAUUAUGCAGGUUGCUAUUCUUGCUGCCAGAUGCUUGAGACUUACAGGGGAGGAAAGGCCUAGCAUGAAAGAAGUGACAAUGGAACUAGAGGGAAUAAAGCUUACGAAGAAAGACCCUGGGAUCAAUACAGACAAAAUUUGUAAUGAGAGUCAAUACUUACUUCGUGAGACACAGAGCUCUUGUGAACAUGGUGACACUAGCAGCCAACAAAAUACUGAAUAUGAUAGCUUGAGAGAACACGAAGUAAUUGAUUUCGGUGAUGGAAGAUGAUCAACCCAUAAGGCACGGUUAAGAUAUGGAAGAUGAUCAAUACAUAAGGCAUGGGUAAGAUAUGUCAAAUAUUCUAUUAACGGAUAUUAGACAAUUAAAUAUUGUAUUAGUUAUAAUUUAG